AUGUCUUACCCCAAAGAAUUUUCGAGGAAAAAUAACGUAUGGCCAUUUGUGAAUUUAGGAGUUUACGACCAAUUCUGUCAUCCAUCAAACUGCACGGAGGUGGAAGAAUAUACUGUUGCCGAAAAAUUCACUUACAAUGUAAACGGAAUAAGAAGUGAUUUAGGUCUGGUGAAACUGGACAGAUCAGUGAUAUACAAAGCCCAUAUCCGGCCGAUCUGUAUCAUUUUGGAUAACCGUGUAAGGCCGUGGCCCAUCCCAAGUUUUACAGCCUUUGGCUGGGGUAAAACGCAGAGUGGAGAAGCCAGCCAAUUUCUGAGAUCCAUCACUCUACACCUCCGCAACGCGAAGGAGGAAUGCGAACCGUGGAUUAAACCAAUGCCCAAAAAGAACUUCUGCGCUGGAACCAAAGUAGGGGACACCUGUAGUGGCGACUCCGGUGGGCCUUUGAACGCGCACGUUAGACACAACGGCAAAAUGAUCUACGCUCAGUUCGGAGUAGUUAGCUUCGGCUACACUUCCUGCAAUUUCAAUGCCUAUUACGUAAAUGUUAUGGAACACAAACUGUGGAUAACCGAAAUUGCGUAUUUAAAUAAAAAAAACUAUUUUUGGAACCUGCUUAAGAACUCAGUCAAGAACAAGAGAGAAGUAUCUAUUCCCUGA